AUGAAGUGCAGCGCCUACAGGGCGUCGUCCAGUGAGUUGUGGGCGAGGCAGGGAAGCGGAGGAGGUGGGGUGAGCCUUGAGAGUGAGCAUGAUUUGGCCGUCAUGGUUAACGAUUUCUUGGAAAAUAGCAGUAACAGUUGUGGGACUGACUCAAGAUACAGCAGUGAUAGUGAUUCCAGCCUUGCUGAUCUUCGUCUGCUCUCGCACAAAAUCUCCUACUUCAAGUUGGUGAUGGAUAAGUUCGAGAGUGAUUUGAUGUCAGUGGUCAAUUCCCUUGCACUCUCAAUAAAUGAAGGAGACCUCACAGCAGCGGCUCCCGGCCCCUGCAAUGCCAGCUGCAUAAGGUUCUCCCUUGUGAACCUUCUUCGGCUGUCAGGAUAUGAUGCUGGAGUGUGCACAUCUCGUUGGCCCGGGACUGUCAAGGUUCCAGGAGGUGAUCAUGAAUACAUAGACGUGAUUUACUACAACGAUACUGGCACAAGCGAGCGUUUGAUUGUCGAUAUCGACUUCAGAAGCCACUUUGAGAUUGCAAGGGCUGUCGAGUCCUACGACAGGAUAUUGAAUUCCCUCCCGGUUAUUUACGUGGGUACUCUCGCAAAGCUCGAGCAGUAUCUUCAGGUGAUGGCCGAGGCCGCUCGGUCGUCUUUGAAGCAGAACUCGAUGCCUCUUCCUCCGUGGAGGGCUUUUGCGUAUCUUCAAGCCAAAUGGUGGUCUCCACAUCAGAGGAGGUUUGAUUCUGACAUACAAAAUCUUGAUGGCGUGAUUUCUCACGAACACCAUAAAUGUGGUGGGCAUCUCAAAAACUUGCAAUCCUUACUUGUGUCCGAUAUUGAUGGGGAACGAAUGCAUUGUGGUGGAAGAGCCGAAGGUGGUAGACGAGGAGUGAAAGGUUGGAGGGCGAAGCUGUCAAAUCGCUCGUAG